UUUAAAAUGUAGCUUUAUCGACCCUUUACCUAUACAUAAACUGAGAGGAGAGAGAUCUAGAUAGGGAAUUAAAUUAAAAUGCCUCGACGCUACAGAGCGCGGAGGAAGGACAGUUCUGAGAGAGAAGAGAGCCCCACACAAGAAGAACAAGUGGCUGAUGAUGUGGGAAUGAAGUUGGAGGCAGCAAAGGAGCUGCAGAAGUUCCGCAAGCGUCCUGGUGGAGUGAGUGCUGUGGGUCUAGCGUUUGGCAAGAAAUAUUCUGAAGAAGAGAAAAUGACGUCGGAUCCGUUCAAACUCAAGACAGGAGGAGGUUUAGUCGACCUCAAGGAAAUGCAAGAGAACGAAGCAGAAAAAGCUGAGGAUGAGGUUUUGGCGAGACUGGCUAGCACCUUCUCAGCUGAGACCAAGCAAAGAGAUGAUGAUACUCACAUGCUACAGUACAUCGAGAAUGAGAUGGAGAAGAGGCUACCACAGAAGGAAGACACUUCUGAGCAAGAAUCUACGUACGAAGCUAAGGUCAAGUCAUUGUACAAGCUCCCAGAGAGAAUCGACGUCAAGUCAAAGUCCAAGACAGAGGAUAUGUUGUCCAAUCAAAUGCUCUCGGGUAUACCAGAGAUUGACCUCGGAUUAGAUGCCAAGUUUCGUAACAUUGAAGAGACGGAACUAGCCAAGCAGAAACUGGUGGAGGACAAGAUGAAGCAGAGUCAACAGAGCGUGUCCCUCGCCCCCUCCAACAUGGCCACCAACUACACUCUACACAGCCUCAGAUUUUUCAAAAAAGAUGAUUGUGGUCGUCGCAAAGACGACUCGUCUAAGGAGCCAGUUGAGGCCCCGCCCACUUACAUACCUGUCGUGGGUGAGAGUGGUCCUGAGUUGAAGGCAGUUGGUCAAGAUCUGGGCAAGCGAAAGACCGACGCACAAGCCACUGAUGACUUUCAUUAUGACAAAUAUAGAAAGAAAGUUAGGCGUUAAUUGUAUGUAUGACUGUAUAAUUAUUAUUGCCUCUUGUUGUAAAUUGCUAAACUUUUUCACUUCCUGAAUAAUACAAUAUUAAUAAUUAAUUA